AUGUUUCAAUCUCGGUGGUUUAAAGUCCAAAAUGAAAUGUAUUUUGCACGAUUUAACGACGAAAUUACGAAAUCAUGGCAAAGCAGUUUUACCGAUAACGAUUAUUCGGCUGGAAAAAUCAAAAACAACGUAGCGUUUAAUAAAAUGCCUUUGCGUGAUCCUGAAACAAUUCUUCGAAUGGCUGAAUAUCAAGCAAUGAUUUAUUGUAAGUCUGUGUUUGAUGACUUGUCAGUAAUCACGAAUAUGGCAACAAAAAAUCUUCGUGUUGGAUCAUUCAAAUUAGAAACAACGGGAUACGAUUAUAAACAUGCUCUGUUCUGGUACCUUGCAUCGAAUCAAGCACAAUCAUCUCUGAUUCUUGUUCAUCGUGGAACGAGCAAACAAAAUGCCGAUGAUGUUCUCGUGGAUUUAGAUGUGCUUACAUUACGUCAGACACAUCCGUCACUGAAACAAGAUUUUCCCUAUUUGAACUUUGCAGAGAAGUCGUUCGUUGCUCAAGGCUUUCAUUCAAGAUUUAAAAAAGAACAACAAAAAGUUACCGAAGCUGUUCAUCAAGCGCUUCAAAAAUAUCCGACAUAUUCGUUUAUCGUCGUUGGCCAUAGUUUGGGAGCUGCAUGGGCGUAUUUAAACGCUGGAUAUUUUGCUGGUAUACCCGAAUAUGCUUCUCGAUUAUCGGCAGUAUAUACUUUUGGACAACCCUUAUUAGGCGACGCAGCAUUUGUUGACGCAUUGGCGAGUAAAAUUGGCAUUAACAAAAUAGUUCGUGUUGUAAAUAAGGAUGAUUUAAUACCGCAUAUUGGCUGUGAAAAAUGUCUUCAACCUGCGAAUGUAAAUGAAAAAUGGAUAUCUAAUACAAAUGGACCAACAAAAUGGAUAGAUUGUCAAGGCGGGUACGAUGAAACUUGUAGUAGUGGAUUAGAAUGCAAAGAUUUAUCAUGGGAAAAUCAUAGUUCAGUAGGCAAUUUUUCGAUGAGAGGAGAAUUCUGUCGAAUAAAGGCAAAUGCUAAUUAA